GUGAGCUCUCAGCUGAGUGGAUCACAACGAGUUGAUGGUCUGCAGGGUAUUCAUUUUACUGCUCACCAUCUGGAACUCCGUGGCAGACGCAUCAAAAUUCAACAGAAUCGGCCCUUCAAAAAGAAGCCUAUGACCCCAUGAGCUCACUCAUCACCCCCGGCCAGCCGGCCACGAGGUGCUUCUUCUCACUCUCUUCUCGCUGCACAGCUUCAUAUGCUGUAUCUACUCAACCAGCACAUAGCCCAUUGCCUCGGACUGGAAAUCGUCCAACACAACGGCACUUCGCCCAAAAAUUCCGUAUAACCCGUCCGGCAGCCCGUCCGGCAGCCCGCCCAGCCCCUUCUCUCUCAGCAUCACCGAGAUUAUCUGCAAAGGGUGAUGAGCCGCCAAGAUGGAUCUUCUCACCAGCCGACGUGCCACCUAUCAAGGACUGGACAGCCAGCAUCGAGGGCCUGGGAGCCAAGCACAUGACUCCUCUGCAGUGUAUGGAGGCCGCCCAGCGUUACGUGUCUGCAGCCACACAACGUGAGAGCUCCUGGCGACCGAGGCUUGAAAAGGACUUUGACCUACCCGUAUUUCUCCUACAUUGGGUAGCAAUCCUUCUAAUCGCUGACACCUCCGCCUCGCGAUGGAAGCUCGGAACACACAUGCUGCGAUCGGCGUCUGAGUUGGGGUAUAACCCUUCCACCUUGACGCUUACGCGCAUCUUGACCAGCAUGCCACCAGCUAUGCAGAAGAAAGCAGCUGCGUCCAAAAUGUUCAUUGAUGCGAACAGCCGCUUCCAGAAAUUGUUACAGAAUGACACCGAUCCCAAUGCGCUUACUCUACAAGGUAGAACUUUUGCGAAGAAAGGGACUCAGGCCCACGACAGGCAGGCCUUGGAUUCAUUCCGCAGGGCAGAGAAGGCCUGGGAGGCCAAGGCCAAGUCUAGCGCGCCCUCGCAAGCCAGCGAAAGACCUAGCUUCGAUAUCAAGAAAGGCUCUGACCCAGACUACGUGAGCCUGCCUGAGCCGCGCGAGCCGAGAUGGGAGUGGGAAGUCACCUGGGCACUCGAGCAAGCGCGGAUACUAGAGAAGCAAAAACGCACCGACGAGGCCAGGGACAUGUACCGCGUGGCGGCGCUGGAGCUGGACAACCCGCAGGGCUUCUGGAACCUCUCGCGCCUCAUGGAGGGGCCGCGGGACUCGCCGGAGAGGAGGACGUACCUGCUCAAGGCGGCCAUAACGGGCGAGCAGGAGGCGUGCCGGGAGAUGGGGGUGCUCGAGAAGAUGGCAGCGGAGAGGCAAGACCUGGCGGACAGGGACAGAGCGGACCGGGAACUUUUGAGCCGGGAGUGGUUCCGGCUUGCUGACGGAGAGGAUCUCGAGUCGAUCAAGGACGAUGAUGAAGACUAGACGGCAGCAUCACCUCAAAUGCUCCGGUGUGGUAGCGAGUGUGGACUGGUCUACCAGAAUAUAUAGAAUAAUUUCCGUCGGGUGAGCCUACAAUGGAACAAUCUUGGAACCUGAUGUGGGAUGACCCCACGCGGAACAAUUGGCUACAGCCUACAGUGUGAGCUACAGCCUCAUAUUAUACAACUGGCUUCACCUUUCUUCUGUACACGUCCGAAGCUAUGCACGGCACCUUUAUGUAGUAGUAAAUACUUUCGGC